AUGUCAGCGCAUGGCAUUAUAGGCCCUUACUUUUUUGAGGACGGCAGAGGACGCGCGCUUACUGUUACUUCACAACGGUAUGUAGCUAUGAUCCAGGACUUUUUUACACCAGAGUUGCAGAAUUUUCCAGGCUUCAAUACGCGGACCUGGUUUCAACAAGAUGGAGCAACUGCCCAUACCUCUAACGUCGCUAUGCCGGUCGUCCGUCAACUUUUCCCUAAUAAAGUGAUCUCUCGAAGAGGAGAUAUUCCUUGGCCACCACGUAGUCCAGAUCUGACCCCAAUGGACUUUUUCUUAUGGGGUUAUCUUAAGACUAAAGUGUACGAAACCAAAUGUUUUCUUCCUCGCACGACCUCCUUGUGGAAUCGAUUACCAUCAGCGAUUUUUCCGGACCGAUACGACUUAGGGACCUUCAAGAAAAGAGCGUACUCCUUUUUAAAAGGCCGGCAACGCAUCUGCGAUUCCCCUGAAAAUAUCCAAAGAGAAAUGGCAAACAUUACAGAGCUUACUUGCCACGCAGUGAUGGAUAAUUUUAAACGUCGCUUACAGGAGUGCCGCGAUCGUAACGGAUUACAUUUAGAUGAUGUAAUUUUCAAAAAAUAA